GUUCAAUCAUAUCAUCCCUCAUGCCUCAUCCGUCAUAGUGAAGUCAUGAAGUGAUUCAAGAUUUAGAAUUAGUAAUAAUAUUGCAAUCGACCAUCUGGAGGUUUAUCUGUGUUUUUGGACAUCAGAUUACAUGAAUUGGAGCUCGCAUUUUAUUUUGAAAACGCAAGUGAAAAUUUGAAUCUUUUAGAAUGAGGGAAUAUAUGGUAGGAACAAGAGUUGAAUGUGAUGGAUUCAGAGGAACUGUUCUUUUUGUUGGAGAAGUUCCUCCAACAAAAGGAAAUUGGCUUGGUGUUGAGUGGGAUGACCCUUCAAGAGGAAAACACAGUGGUUCACAUGAAGGAAUUCAGCACUUCGUGACAAAAAAAAUUAAUGCAGGUUCAUUUGUUCGAGUUAAUAAAAUCAAACCUAGUCUGGAGUUCAGUCAAGCUCUUUCGGAAAGAUACCUUGAGAGUUCCAAAGAUGACUAUGCAGACAAGUUACUCAUAAGUGAGCUGAAAGAUGAAAUGAAUGCACCAUUCCUGGAACUUGUGGGAUUUGAAAAAGUUGGCAAAAAACAAAGUAACCUGCAGGAGUUAAGGAUUGCUGUCCUGGAUCAUAUGUGUAUUAGCCAUACUGAGCAUAAUUUGAAAGAGAUUUGUCAUAACAUUGAAGAAUUAGACCUGUCUUCAAAUCUAUUUAACUCAUGGGAAGGUGUUGCAGCAGUUUCAAAUCAGUUAGCAAGAUUGACAGUUUUAAAUAUCAGUGAUAAUAAGCUGGUAAUUCCUGAGAAUCCCGGUACACUCAAAUCAGCUUUAAAAAACCUGAUACAGUUGCAAAUGAGCCACAUGGAUUACACAUGGAAGAACAUUGUUCAGUGUUCUGUAAUGUGGCCCAUGGUCGAGGUUUUAGCGGUUCCUAACAACAAUAUUACGUGUCUUGAAUUUAUGAAUAAUGACACUUUUAAUCAUCUAAGAGUGUUAAAUCUUGAAGGAAAUCAAAUUGAACAUUGGGAAGAAGUCAAUAAGCUGGGACAGUUGCCCAGCUUAGAGCAACUAUCCCUCUAUGGAUGUGGUUUGAAAAACAUCCAGGUGAAAGAAAAAUCUUUUUCUAAACUCUCCAAACUUUCCCUAUCCAACAACAAAAUUUCGCAGUGGCAACAUAUUUCGGAAUUGGACAAACUACUCAUGUUAGUCGAUCUGAAAAUGUGUGGUAAUCAGGGUCUUGAAGUCCCCAGCAAUGAAACGUUUACUCAGUGGAUUAUCGCAAGAGUUGGCCAUCUGCAGAUUCUCAACGGUUCUGAAAUUUUAAGCGUGGAUCGACGUGGCGCAGAACUAGAUUACCUUAAGUACAACGGGAGAGAAUAUUUGACUGCCUUGUCCCAGCUGCGCUCAUCAACUGAACAACAAAGCAGGGGGGAUUUUUAUUCCAUUCAUCCUCGCUAUAAAUUCCUGGUGCAAAAAUAUGGGCCACCAGAGCCAGGCGAAUUUGAAAUGAAACCAACCACUCUGAAGAAUAAUUUGAUUAUGCUUCAGCUACAGCGGGGCACCAAAAGGAUUUCAAAGAAACUUCCUUUGACUAUGGAAGUUCAGAAACUGAAAGUUUUAAUCCACAGAUUAUUUGAACUUGAUAGUUCUGAAUUAAAUUUUUUUUCCUACAGCCCAAAGGACGGCACAACAAGUCAACAAAACAGCAUGGGAAUGGCGCCCGACGCGUCGCUAUCAGACGAUGAGAAAAAGUUAUUCCCAUUAAAAACCGUUGCAAACGUUAUAACUUUAUUCGAAAGUAUUCUUAAAAGAACAACCGAGCCAGAUUUAGCUUUGUUGUCCAUCAUAGUUGGCUGCAUUGAAAAUACUCUCACAUGUAAUCACCAAAUUCUUGGUGGCGCCAAGUCAACUGUAUUACCAACUGCGAUUGACGAAACCAGUGAAAAGCUUAUUACGAUAGCACCGAUCAGAAGAGAAGAUGAUUUUCCAGAAAUUGAGUGGUCAACAGUGGAAGCUCUUUAUGUCAAAUUCAGAGCAGUUAUCAAAAGCUCAGUAGAUUUGACUCAUUAUGGCUGUCCACAGUUUGCAACACGAGAACUUAUAAAAAGAGUUUCUGAUGUCAUCUGGAACACAUUAACUAGAAGUUAUUAUAAAGAUCGGGCACAUUUGCAGAGUUUGUAUAGCUAUUUAACAGGAAACAAAUUGGAUUGCUUUGGAGUAGCCCUAGCUGUGGUUGCUGGUUGCCAGGUGCUUGGCUACCAUGACGUACAUUUAGCAUUGUCUGAAGACCAUGCCUGGGUGAUGUUUGGACCAGAUGGCAAGGAAACAGCAGAAGUGACAUGGCAUGGUAAAGGUAAUGAAGACAAAAGAGGUCAACCUGUAGACCCUGGAAUACAAGCAAGAUCUUGGUUGUAUGUAUCAGGCAAUCCUGUCAUUUGUUCUAGAUUUACAGAGGUUGCCUCACUUGUUUCGUCAAUCAAUCCCAGUAUUACUGCUACCACAGACAGUCUAGAAGUUGCUUCAUUACAACAAUCCUUGUUGUGGGUGUUGUAUGAUACAGGUCAUCUUACUCGUUAUCCCAUGGCCCUUGGAAACCUGGCCGACUUAGAAGAGUUGAGCCCCACGCCUGGACGAUGUCCUUGUGGUCAACUUUUCAGUCAAGCUAUUGAAGUGGCGAGGCGCUGUUAUGGUAAUAGUCACGUCUACCCCUACACCUACCAAGGUGGUUAUUUCUAUCGAAAUCGAAUGUACAAAGAAGCGCUAGAAAGCUGGGCUAACGCGGCGGACGCCAUACGAAGUUAUAACUAUUCACGAGAAGACGAAGAAAUCUAUAAGGAAUUCCUCGAGAUCGCCAAUGAGUUAAUUCCUUUCGUAAUGAAGGUGGAAGGCUCAGGUCACAGCGCCCGCUCAAUUUUAAAAGAUUCAGAGUGUUUCGCUCACUUACUUCGUUUUUACGACGGUAUAUGUCAGUGGGAAGAAGGAAGUUGCACACCUGUGCUUCAUAUAGGAUGGGCCAAACCUUUAGUCAACACUAUCUCCAAGUUCGAUUCCCAAGUUCGUCGACACGUUGUCAUUUCAUGUUCCGAGAUGACAGAAGGAGACACGCCAUCCAUGAAACCGCCAGUGGGCAAGGCCGAGUUCCAACGAGAAGAUCUCGAUGCCAACGCCAACCAAGUUGUCCUCCCCUGGCCGCUAGCGAAGGAGCAGGAAGAGAAGGAAGAGCGACUAGUUGAUAGUGAAGUUUGUGGCAAGGCCGCCGAGCAAAAGGCGCGGUUAGGGUCAACGGCGUUGGCCGCCCUCACUGAUCUCUGUGGUCGAACAGUUCUGAGCCCUGCCUUCUUCCUUGGUUCGGAUAUAAAAACCGGAUCAGACUCGCAAGCGUUUCAUACUUUGACUAUUUCAGGGACUGCUGCCUCAACCGACAGCCCGGUGAAAAUGAUGAAUAAACCAAAAUUGUACCUACGCAGCCAUAAAAUGGCCGGUCUCAAAGAUCUACUGCUCUCGGAGAAACUCAACACGCACGCCAUUUCGCUUCAGUUAACGGCUCAAAGCCAAGUUCAGCUUGGCGGUCGCAAACUGCGCGGAGAAGAAGCCAAAGAUGCCAAACAGGAAGGACGGGAAGUCAAUCUUUCACGACCGAAGAGAACCAGAAAGGAGUAGUAACGAAACGUACAGCCAUAGAUGGGUGAAAAUUUUUAACUUUUUUUAUACGGUGUGAUUUUAAAUAUUACCAAAAGAUAGAUAUUCCAUACGUGGAUCGAGUAUCUGUGCGGUUUUAACCGGUUGCGGACACCUUUGCCUUAUAUUCGUGUUUUCAUCAAAUUGAACUAUACGAUUGUUUUUCUCUUUUUUUAUUGCCACAUGUAUGUUUGUCAAAUAAUUGCGUUUCCUAGCUGCCUACCCUUCCCCAGUGAUGGAAGAAGUUGAUCUGUGUUGAGAUUUUGUUCAGAAUGAAGAAAAUCCAACUGAUAAAAUGUGUAUGGGAGAAAGAUGGUGUAUGGGAUGACAAAUUAACGUCUUGGACUCAAAUCUAAUGAUGAAAAAAGGAUACAAUGGGUUGAGUGGCGUCUUUCCUUUUCUAAUUGUUGCUUUGAGUUGAUUACUACGUGUUGCUAAAUCAUACAUUCCACGGUGAUGGCAAAGAAAUGAGUGAAAUUAUGUACCUGUAUUCCUUACUCUACUCUGAUAUUUUGUAUGUCUGGAUAGUUCAUUGAGGAAUGAGAGGAUAUCAAUCCCUAUAUAUCUUUUAAAAUGUGUAUCCAUGUUGGCGGGGUGAAUAAAAAUGUAUAUACCAUCAA